AUGAUUAAGUAUUUUUUUGGAUCUGUAAAGCUUUUUAAAAAACAAGGUAUUUAGGAAGCUACUAAAGCUACUACAACUAAAUUGGAUUUAAUUACAAAUCCAGAAUUGACAAAAGAAGACAUAGCCAAUUUUGAUCAAUUUUAUUCAAAUAUUGUAAAAAGUAUGGUAGUUAAAGAGAAUGGAAGGAAAAAGGUUAUUCAAUAAACCUAUACACCUAAUAUUUACUAAAUAUUAGAAUCAAAAAUCGGAAAUGAUCAUUUUUAAAUCAGUGCAUUUUUACAAUUUCGAAGAGAUUAAUUAAGAGAAGAGGAAGUUGUCUAUUGUUUGGAUGGUUUAAUUAGAGCAAAGCAAUUUAUACUUCUGAAAAACUCAGAUUAUCUAUAACACAUAGAUUUCUUAAUUUCUAACAAAAAAUUGUCAUUUACUAAGGUUGAAUGUCUUGAACAGAUAUUAAUUAUCAAUAAAAAACUUUAGUUUUUGUCUAUUGAUUCUCUGAGAUUGCUUGCAAAAUAAUUGAAUGAAAUAGGGUAGUACAUAGAAAAAGAAUUCGAAUUGACCAAAAAUGAGGAGCCAUUAGAAAUUUUAGCAUAAACAUUUAUUUUAGCAGCUUAAAUUGAAUAUAAUCACACUAUCACUUAAUCGUAACUUAUUCAUGUAAGGAAGAUUCUUAAGAGACAUUUUAAACUCCUAAAGUUCGAUACAAUAAUGAAGUACUUCGUCACUAUAAUUAAGUAUUAAAAUAAACUCUAAACAGAAUUGGAUUCUAUAUUGGAUAUAGAAGAAUUCUUUGGUGAAAAUUAUAAUGUCUUAACUCUCGAAAAUUAUUUGAUGAUUAUUGAGCAUUUGGCUCUCAUAAAGUACAAGAAGAGAAGUGAAGUUGUUAUAUAAUUUGUCAAUAACAUUAGUUCAUUCACUUUCACAAUUUAGCAAUUAGCUUAAUUAGCGAAGAGCCUAGCAAUAAUGGAAAUUAGAUUGGAUGAAUUGUGGAAUAGAAUUACCGCUGAAUUCUUAUAAGUCAUAUAAUUGGUUGACACUCAUUUUUAUUUAGGAGAGAUAACCCUUGUAUUUUAAUCUUUGUUAAAGAUUAAUCCUUUAUCACCAUAGGAUCUAACAACUAUCUAUAAGGCUAUCAAAAACAUAACAAUUGAUGAAUCAUUUACAAUUAAAUUUUAGAUUCUGUACAAUUUCAGUAUUAAAGGUCAUUUCAAUUUUGAUUUAUUCCAAGAUUUAUGCAAUUAUGAAAAAAAUAACUUUUAAUUUAAAUAUUUAAAUAAUUACAAAUAAGAGAAAUUAUUUGAAGUGACAAAAGUUAUUUUAUAUAAUUCAAUAUUUUACAACAAAUUAGAACGUUUGGAUGAAAAUGUUGAUUUUGGCAUCUAAAAGGCAUUAAUAAUAUUAUGUACUAAGAUUUAUGAAAUACUGAGCAAUCCAAAUUAUGAAUUAAAAAAUAGUUUUCAAACAUAUUAUGAUUUAUUUAUAGUAAGUUCUUUAUUUUAGAAAUUUAUUGAGAAUUCAGAUGGACUCCAAGAUGUCUUGAUUAAUACUAAAUUAGAGAAUAUUAGAUAUGAAGCAGGGAAAAAAUUAGAUAGAAAAAUACAAAGGAAUUAAUUUAAUAUUUAGGAAGCAUUAAAAUUAUUGGGAUUUAUUGAUUACUUUAAAGUUGGGUAUAAAGAGGAAGCAUACUAAGAGUUGGUUAGAAUGGUGUAAGUAAAAUUAAUUGAAUACGAAUCUGAUUUUGACGAAUUAAAUACCUUAUUACAUCAAUAUCACAUUUAGAAUUAAAAAAUUAUGCAAGAAUACAUAACUUUGAUACUUAAUAAACAAGCUGAAUUAACAAUUGAAUAAUUAUAAAAGUAUAGCCAUGUUUUGAAAAAAAGUGGGAACUAAAGCUAGGAGUUAGAAUUAAUUAUGAUAUAAAGAUCAUUAACUAGUAAUUCAUAUCUUGGGGUUGUUGGAUUUGAUAAGCCAAAUUAUGAAGUCAACUUUUUAUUUAAUUGA